GGCGUCAGCCAAUGGCUGACACGUCACCGGCAGAGGGAAGGGUAGGUCACCAAUGGCGGCACGGAUAGGGCCUGUGGGCGGAGUUUGGGGCAAAAGCAGUGUGGGAGCAGCGCUUAUUAGUGUCGUCCUCACCAUCACCGCCGGCGCCGCUCCUGGUUUCAUUCAUUUUUUUUUUUUCAUUCACGAAGGUAGUGAGGCCUAGUCGUAAAUCAUGGAGAGCGUUGUCCCUGCCGCCGGUUUCCUGUACUGGGUGGGCGCGGGCACCGUGGCCUACCUAGCCCUGCGCAUCUCGUACUCUCUCUUCACGGCCUUUCGGGUCUGGGGGUUAGGUAACGAGACUGGUGUCGGACCAGGGCUCGGUGAAUGGGCAGUUGUCACGGGUAGUACUGAUGGAAUUGGAAAGUCAUAUGCAGAAGAGUUAGCAAAGCGUGGGAUGAAAGUGGUCCUUAUCAGCAGAUCACAGGAUAAACUGAACCAGGUUUCUAGUGAAAUAAGAGAAAAGUACAAAGUGGAGACAAGGACCAUGGCCAUUGACUUUGGAUCAGAGGAUAUUUAUGACAGAAUUAAAACAGGCUUGGCAGGUCUUGAAAUUGGUGUUUUAGUGAACAAUGUGGGAAUGUCAUAUGAGUAUCCAGAAUACUUUUUGGAUAUCCCUGACUUGGACAAUGUCAUCAAGAAGCUGAUAAACAUUAAUAUUCUUUCUGUUUGUAAGAUGACACAAUGGGUGCUGCCCGGCAUGGUAGAAAGAUCAAAAGGGGUAAUUGUGAACAUCUCCUCCGCUAGUGGCAUGCACCCAGUUCCACUAUUGACUAUCUACUCUGCAACCAAGGCUUUUGUAGAUUUUUUCUCUCAGUGCCUCCAUGUGGAGUACAAGAGCAAGGGCAUCUUCGUGCAGAGUGUCUUGCCAUACUUCGUAGCUACAAAACUGGCUAAAAUCCGAAGGCCCACUUUGGAUAAGCCUUCUCCAGAGACAUAUGUGAAGUCUGCAAUUAAAACAAUAGGCUUGCAGUCCCGAACCAAUGGAUACCUGAUCCAUUCUCUCAUGGGCUCAAUAAUCUCAUUCCUGCCUUCUUGGAUUUACUCCAAAGUGAUCAUGAAUGUAAACAAGUCUACGCGAUCUCACUAUCUGAAGAAAAACAAGAAGAACUAA